AUGGACUCGGAGAGAGCUGGCACCCGGAACCCAGCGGAGGAUCUGGGAGUCGAGGACUGCUUUGAAGCUUGCUUCGAGGAUGCCGUGGACAUAGCUCCGCCAAAGGAGGAUGAGCUCGAAUCUGGCAACCAUCAGCUGGUUGUCAAGAGCACCUUCCUGGACGUCAUGGACGGCUUCAGUGCCCGACAGCGAUUUAGAUCCCUGCGCCGGGCACAAAGUGAUCCCGUCCUCGAGGCCGAGGCCCCCGCGGCCUACGAGCCUGGUUUGUUCGAGGACUCUCCAAGCAGAGCUGGACAGACCUCUGAGACGACCCAUUCCAUGGGGGAGACAUCCAAGGCAGAGGUCGCGGAGGUCGCGCAGGGCAUCGAGGUUUUCUCCAGGAGCGAGGACGAGCGGUCAGAUGAUGACGAUCGAACGACGGUCAUGUUGAGGAACUUGCCGAACAAUUACUCGAGGGAGAUGUUCCUGGAGAUGCUGGAUCAGAACGGCUUUGAGACCAGAUAUGACUUUGUGUACUUGCCUUUCGACUUUGGGCGAAAUGCCAACCUGGGCUACGCAUUCGUCAAUCUGGUCCAUCCCGCUGACGUGGCUGCAUUCCGGCGGGUCUUCCAGGGAUACUCCAAGUGGAGCCUCCCAACCUCCAAGGUUUGCCAAGUCAGCUGGAGCGGGCCGCACCAAGGGUUCGAUGCCCAUGUGGCUCGCUACCGUAACAGCCCGGUGAUGCACCGGUCAGUCCCAGAUGAGUACAAGCCAAUCAUCUUCAAAGCUGGAGUUCGACAAGAGUUCCCUCCCGCCACAAGGAGGCUGAAGCCUCCGGCCCGAUUUGUCGGACGCUGA